CACUCCAAAUCUGGUGAAGAUGACUUCUCUGCUUUUUAACCCAACCAUAAAAUCAACUAUUUUAACCCUAACAGAAUCAAACUUGCCUAGGAUUCAAAAAAGCUGUCUUCUUUAAACAAUACAAUUAUACAGAUGAGAAAUUGAGGAGAUGAUGCAGGAUCCUAUUGGAAUUCCAGCUUGCUUCUCAUCAGGGGAUAAGGCAAUGGAUGAUUCUGCUGCAGUAACAAGGUCAGGCCAGAGUGUGUUCAUGUCAGCCUACCGGACUAAAAUUGCGGAUCAAUGUCGAUUAAUAACAGUUACAUGGUGCAAGAAUUUGCUACUACAUGGCCUCUCGGUAUCGAUAGAAGGGCCCGAAGGAGAUAGCCAUUAUACAUGUAAGGUUGAGCUGAAGCCUUGGUACUUUUGGAGGAAGCAAGGGUCUAAGCGCAUUGUGGUGGAUGGUAAGCCUGUGGAGAUCUUCUGGGACCUCAAGGCCGCCAAAUUUAAUGGCGAAACAGAGCCAAGCUCAGAGUACUAUGUUGCAGUUGUGUCUGAUGAAGAGGUUGUGUUACAGCUGGGGGAUUUGAAGAAAGAUGCUUACAGGAAAACAGGAUGCAGGCCGGCUCUGAUUGAUCCCAUUCUGGUUUCCAGAAAGGAACAUGUAUUCGGAAAGAAGAAGUUCUUGACAAGAGUUAAGUUUCAUGACAAGGGUCGAUUUCAUUUGAUAUCAAUAGAAUGCAAAAUGAGGAGUACUCAAACUAGUGGAAGCAUCAAUUCUUCAAAUGGGAUUGAUCCAGAAAUGGAGAUUAGAAUAGAUGGGCAUUUAGUGAUUCAUGUGAGUCAUCUGCAGUGGAAGUUCAGAGGUAAUGAGACAAUUCAUCUCAACAAGGUAAGAAUAGAAGUGUACUGGGAUGUUCAUGACUGGCUCUUUAGUCCUGGUUUAAGGCAUGCAUUGUUUAUUUUUAAACCUACAUUACUAUCCUCCUCUCCAUCCUCAUUAUCAGUCUCAUCCUCACCGCAAUUCUCAUCGUCUCUGACAUCGACGCCAUUGUCGUCCAAGACGGGGAGUUCGGGUUCAGUAGAAGGCAUUCAGGGAGGAGGGUCAUCAGAGUUUUGCCUGUUUCUUUAUGCCUGGAAAGUUGAAUAGAAAAAUAAUUCAGGCCCGUCUGAGAUUCCGAUUCCUUAUAAGUAACUUAUAAGUCGAAAAAAUGAAUUAAAGCCCGGAAUGAUGUGAGGGUGGAGAUGGGGAGAAAGCACAUGGGAUGAGAGAAGUGGGACCUAGAAAGAGGUUGGAGUUAGUUACAGCUAGGUUGAACAAGUUGGCAAAUGCAUAAAUGGACAGGACAGAUUGGAUCAUCUUACACAUGCCCAAUAAUUCCUUAUCUAGAGGCAUAUUCAUCUUUUGUUCAAACCAUAAUAGCUCUCCUCUGUUUCCUACCCUUUGAUCUCAUCUUGAUAAAUGAGCAUUUAUAUUAUAUAUGUAUGCUUUCUUUUUCUAUAUUAA